GAUUUGAUUGAUGAGGCUGUCCGAAUCCCCUCUACCUCUCGCGACUUCCCCCGCCGCCGCCGCCGCCGCCGCCACCUUUGUUUCCCCCUUCCGAUGGUCCCCUUCCCUUGUAUCCUCUUUGUGUGAUCGACGCCCCUGCAGUUGCUCUCAUCACCUGCGAGCAGCCCGCGUUCGCUGUCAUCCUGUGGUCGCAGUUACGUGCAGCCCCCAUCUCCGGAAUCAGUAGCCCUAUCUCUUUAUAUUCUUCUGUCGCAUCACCGCUUCGUGCGGUAACUUCUUAAUCUCCAGCAGAGCCUGAGUCAGUGAGGAUCGUCUUGCAUCAACGAGGGAGCUUCGUGCGUUAUUGUUACGCUCCCAUUCGGGUUUUUAAGAAAGCAUGAUGAUUGGGUUACUUCAGCGUGGGUGGAAACAGAUCAGCUCUAAAAACUUUUGUUCCUUGAAUCAUAAACCUCUCCAUGUUUGUGUCGUUGGCAGUGGUCCUGCUGGUUUUUACACAGCAGAGAAGAUGUUAAAGGCACAGGAAAGGGCACAAGUUGACAUUCUUGAUCGAUUGCCAACUCCAUUUGGAUUAGUUCGCUCAGGAGUAGCACCUGAUCAUCCUGAAACAAAGAUUGUUAUAAACCAGUUCUCUCGGGUUGCUUCGAACGAGAGAUGCUCAUUUUUUGGGAAUGUGUCACUGGGUUCUGAUGUUAAUCUGCCUGAGCUCCGUGAUAUUUAUGAUGUGGUUGUUGUUGCAUAUGGUGCCGAAAGUGACAGAUCUCUUGGAGUGCCUGGGGAAGAUUUGAUGGGGAUACACUCAGCUAGAGAGUUUGUGUGGUGGUACAAUGGACACCCUGACUAUCAUAACAUGACACCUGAUUUGAAGAGCACAGAUACAGCUGUUGUACUUGGACAGGGGAAUGUGGCCUUGGAUGUGGCACGUAUUCUUUUGCGAUCGACCAGUGAAUUGCAGAAAACAGAUAUUGCUGAGCAUGCUUUAGUUUCUCUUCAUGAGAGCACCAUAAGAAAGGUUUAUUUGGUUGGAAGACGGGGCCCAGCACAGAUGGCAUGCACUGCAAAGGAACUGCGUGAAAUCUUAGGUGUGAAAGAUCUCCGAGUUCACAUCGAUGAACCUAACUUGGUUAUAUCCCCUGCUGAAGAAGAAGAACUGAAGAAUAGCAGAAUUCAUAGACGGGUUUAUGAUUUGCUAUGUAAAUCAGCUACUUCCCAUCAACAAUGUGAUCUUGUUGCCCAGCGAGAAUUGAACUUCAAAUUUUUCAGGAAACCUUUCAGGUUCUUACCUUCAGAGGAUCCAUUAAGAGUUGGAGGUGUGUGUCUUGAGAAGACUUGUCUGAAAGAAAAUGGUCUCUCUGGCAAACAAGUUGCGGUUGGAACUGGUGAAUUUGAGGAACUCGGUUGUGGAUUGGUCUUGAAGAGCAUUGGUUACAAGUCUCUACCAGUUAAUGGAUUGCCUUUUGAUGAUUACAAAGGCGUAGUACCCAAUGUGAAGGGUAGAGUGCUGAGCGGCAACCAGGAUGAGCAAGCAAACUUGGAGAAAGGUUUAUAUGUCGUCGGGUGGUUGAAAAGAGGACCAACAGGAAUUAUUGGAACAAACCUGUACUGCGCCGAAGAAACAGUAGCGAGUAUUUUAGAGGAUCUGGACAAUGGUUUGAUCGCGUCAGCUACUACACCCAAACCAGGAAGGAAAUGUCUACUCCAGGUUCUCGAAAGUAAGAACGUAAAAUAUGUUACUUUCAGUGGAUGGGAGAAGAUAGAUGCCAAAGAAAAAUUUGAAGGUGAACUGAGAAACAAACCAAGAGAGAAGCUGACGGAAUGGGAUGAACUCCUCAAAGUUGCACAUCAUGAACACUGAUCGUUAAAAGUACACAAACAAAUGCAUCUUAUUAAUAAGCUGUUGCUGAAGCCUCAAGGUUUGCUUCCAUUAAGAAUGCUGCAACAAUGUUCUUUGCUCGUGUAAGUUUUUGUAUUUUUUUUCACCUAGUAAUAAAGGAUGGACAAAAACCCAACUAAUUCGCAUGACAUCACAUUUUAUCAUGGGCAGCUUGCUUAAGAACAUUGUGUGUUUCUUUAUGGAAUAUGGUAAUUCUUUAAGCAUCCACCAAAUCAGAGAUGCCAUUGAGAGCUA